AUGCAAUCAUUUUUGUUUCAGUUAUCAGCUACUGGGGAAGGCGCUAGUGCAGUGGACGUGGUGCGUCGCUAUCGUCUGGAGAACGGUAAUUCUCUGGGCGAAAAAGAUGAGUUAUUUGGACCUCCAAGCGCGCCAGUUCUCGAAAAUCCUGAAUUCCAAACGAGAUGGUACUUCAAAUAUUUUCUCGGUAAAAUGCAUCAGAACUACAUAGGAGUGGACGGAUCAAGAGAGCCGUAUUUACUUAGCGUUGUUCAAGAAGGGGCUGGACUUUUACGAGCAAUACUGUUUAACAAAAUGGGUGCGCACAAAAUAUAUUUACCAGCCAGCGCUUGGAGUGGAGGAAGCGGUCAAACUCCAUCAAGGCCGACAGUAAAACAAAUUCUUGCGCAAUUUACAGCUAUGGAAAGAGUCGAUAAAGUGCCGAGAGAGAUUACGUGCCCGGAACUACAAAAGGAUAUUUUACUUCUUGAGGAGCAAGAGGGUUCAGUGAACUUCAAGAUUGGUAUUAUGCUGAUGAAGCCUGGUCAGAAGACUGACGACGAAAUGCUCUCUAACGAGAAAGGCAACGAAAAAUGGGACCGAUUUAUCUCACUAUUAGGAGACAAAAUUCGAUUACGAGGCUGGAACCGUUUCCGAGGAGGCCUUGACGUGAAAGGUGACAUGACUGGCAGCCAUUCCAUAUACACGAUGCAUCAAGGUCAUGAAAUUAUGUUUCAUGUUUCAACUAUGUUACCAUUUUCCAAAGACAAUAAGCAACAGCUGGAGAGAAAACGACACAUUGGAAAUGACAUAGUAAACAUUAUUUUUACCGAAGAUUCUGUGCACAACACUUUUAAUCCACAGUACGUCAAGAGCCAUUUCACUCAUAUAUUCGCUGUGGUAUCAGAAGUAGAAGGAGAAGGUUACCGACUAAGCGUUUACAGCGACGAUACAGUGCCGCCAUUUGGCCCUUCACUGCCCUGCCCACCAGUUUUUAACGACCCUCAACUUUUUAGAGAAUUUCUGCUGGUUAAGUUAAUGAAUGGUGAAAAGGCUGCUUUCCAAACCCCAACGUUUGCAUUAAAACGGCAACGAACUCUUGACACCCUGAUAAGAGAUAUUUAUGCUGAACACUGCUCAGACCACAAAGUACCCAUGCUGUCGCGUCGUGCGUUGUCAGACGUGUGGUCGGGCGGUGCAGGUGCGGGCGGGGCGGGCGCCGCUCGCACUGAACGUUUCCUACACGUUGGUCAAGCGCUAAAACUCGAUGCCGUGUUACGAGGAGACGCGCCUACCAGCCUGGUCUCAACUGGCUCAGGAGGGUCACGUCGAGCUCCUUGGGAAGGGCGGGUGUGGCGGGCGGCACCGCUUCCUGCAUCACCAGUCUGCGCAGAACAGCUGUCCGAAGGCCGACUUCUGCUAUCUACCACCUCUAACACUUACAUAUUGGAAGAAAGCGGCACAACCAGAGUGGUUCUAAGAUGGGAGGGGUGCGUCCGUGCGGCGCGUGUAACUGAACGCGUAGGUUUGUUCCGUGUGGGUGCGCGGGUGGUGGCGGGCGGCGGGUCGACGAGCGGCGGCGCGGGGGGUGCGGGGCUGUACGCACUGCCGCUGCACGAGCUGUGCGCUGGCGCCUGGGCUAUGCGCCCGCUGCAGGACUGCAAGCACGCUCGUUUGCCACGCACCAAGACCGCGCACUUCUUCGACGUCAUUGAAAAUGUCGAGGGUGGCAAGACUUUACUAGCCGUGGCUAUCGGUAGAAGAGUGAUUCUGUUGCUCGAAGAAGAAAAGACUGAAAAUGAAAUGGGGUUUGAGUAUAUACAUAUCAAGGACAUCCAGUUGAAUGAAUCUCCUAUUUUAAUAAAACUUAUGGAUGGUGAAGUAGCUGUAGUGGUGGUCGGCUAUAAGCACCAUUGGGAAGUCUUGGAAACUACCACUGGCCAGGCCAUCAAACGGGCGGAAGGGUCAGAAGAUAGUGGACCACGACGAGGUACUCUUGUUAACGCCUUGCGCAUUGGUGAUGAAAGAGAUGGCCAAAUUAUUUUAUGCUAUAAUCAUACCUGCCAUUUCGAACGGUUAACUAGUAAAGGUUUAGAAAGUGAUAGUGAAUACGAUUUCCAUUGGACAACAGUGCCUACGGCAGUGGUUUGUGCAUUUCCCUACAUAAUGGCUUUCGCAGAGGAUUUAUUAGAAAUACGGCUUGUUGCCAAUGGAUCAUUAGUACACGCUGCUUGCAUUCCGGGACUUAAAUUACUUUGUGGUAGAAGAGACAUUUUCUACGUGGCUUGCGCGCCGGAGUACGUGCCUCUGAGCCGCGAGCUGGAGCCGUGCUUCGCUCUGCAGCACGACAGUUACGAGCUGGUGCGGCAGAUGAGUCGACAGGGUGGACCGCACUCGGUCGAUGAUGAUGACGCUGAUAGAGGAGAAUCAUGCCAAAACAAUCGCGCAACGGACGACAACUCGGCGUCGAGCAGAAGCAGUUCCAUAUCGUCUGAGCAAGAAAACAUACGACCACCGUUGCAACGCAUGGCGCCUGUGUCGCCACCGAGUUCACCACAAGUGUUGCCAGAGAAUAGCGGAAGAUGUGUGCGCAUUUAUAAGAUUCCAAAAAGCAAUUUAAGCGCAGGUACUUACCAAAGACAAUCCGUCUCCGCGGAUCAAGUGUUGACUUCGUACUUUUCUGACAGACCAAAUAGCAUCAAACAAAGAUUAGCAGACCUGAGACUGGACAGCAAAUCCAGAGGCGGAGGCGAAGAGGACACUUUGUAA